GCCACCUGCCUUUCGAUUUUGGAAUGACCAGCUCCACACGUCGUUCAUCAUGACUGUUGACUUUUGCGACUAUUUUUGGGGCGAAAAAAAUAAUGGAUUUGACAUUUUGUACCAUAAUAUGAAACAUGGAUUGAUUGCCAAUAAGGAUCUAUCAGAUUUUUUAAGAGAGAGGACUAACAUCGAAGAAACAUGCUCAAAAUUACUUGCAAAGUUAGCUAAACAAACAAGUAGUAGUUCAAAUACAGGGACAUUCAAUCCUUUAUGGCAAUUACUUCGUCUGUCUAUUGAGAAAUUAACCACAAUACAUAUGCAGAUGGUACAUAAAGUCUGUGAAUUAGUAAAAGAUGUUACUAAAUACACAGAUGAAUUGCAAAAAAAACACAAAAAUGUAAAAGAAGAACAAAGUGGAACUUUAGAUGCUGUACAAGCCAUCCAGUCAACUACAUUAGCCUUACAAAAAGCAAAAGAUAUUUAUUUACAAAAAGGUGGAGAGUUGGAUAAACUGAGAAAAGAUAAUGCUUCUGCCAAGGACAUUGAAAAAGCUGAAAUAAAAUUAAAAAAAGCUCAAGAUGAUUACAAAGUGUUAGUUGACAAAUAUAGUAAUGUAAAAGAAGAAUUUGAAAAAAAAAUGAAUGCAGCGUGCAAGCUUUUCCAAGAAGUUGAACAAUCACAUCUGAAACAAAUGAAAGAUUUUCUCAAUGUCUAUACUGAAUUAGUUGAAUCUAAUCAUGAAGAAAUUGGAAAAGUGCAUGUUGAAUUCAAAAAACAAUGUUUAGAAAUGACUGUGGACAAACUAUUGGAGCAAUUUGUUUUAACUAAAUAUACAGGAUUAGAGAAACCAGAAAAUAUCGAAUUUGAGGAAAUUUGUCUCAAUAGCACUUCUAGUAGUUUGAAUCAAGUUCCGGACUCAUCAAGUGAUUCAAAAUCAAUUCAAGGAACCAAUUCACCAGUUUUCAUGAGUACGCCACAAAACUCAUGUGCAGCUAGUGUAGCAUCUGAAAAGCCUUCAACGGCAAAACGUGAAGGUAAUUGCCGUGUAAGGGACCAGAAAGAUGCUACCAAUUACCAGUCCUCCAGAGCAACAUCCUUACUCAAUAUAUUCAUCUCCAACUCCCAUGGUGCUUUUUCAAAAUCAAACAGAACUGUCAGUUUAAGUGCUGAUCACACAGCUUAUUCACUUCCUCAGAAUUCUAUUCGUGGAUCAAAAUGGUUUUUAAGGAGCAGACGAGACAAACGCAAAGAAAAGAAAACUAAAAAGAAAAAGGAUUCUAGUGGUGAAACAAUUGGAAAGGAAGAUAAAUCUGAAAAUGAAGAAAAAGAAGAAGAGCCAAAAACUAAUGCUCCAGAAAUAGAUGAUGAAGGAUAUUGUAUUCAGCCAUCGGGACAAUGGACUGUCGACAAAGAAGAAACAUUUGAUUCCUCUUCUGAUUCAGAUGAAGAAAGAGAUAAAAGACUACAUGUUGAGAUAAAACCAUUAAGCAAUGGGGCAGGUCCAAUCAGUGCAAGUGUUGAUGAAUUAAGAGCUACUGUUGAAAACAUAUCAUUAUUACCUUUAGGAACACAUACUUUAAAGAAUCGACGAGGAUCUGUUAACGAUGAUGGUACCAUGAAACGUUCUAAAUCUGUUUCUCAACAAUUGAAUACUGUAAAAAUAAGUAAUGAUUUGAUAGGACUGAAUUUGUUUCAACCCAAUGAUCCCACUCCUAAUCCAGUUCAGCAGAGUAAUUCAAUGAAUAGUCCUACAUUAUCAUUAACUAAUAAAUCCAUUUCUCCGCCAAAUGUUUUUCCUGUGGUUUCAAGAUAUGCUGCAGAUCUAGGCGACUUGUUUUUUGAUGUUGGAGAUGCUCAACAGUCCACUCCAAAACAGGGACCUCCGUCAACCACUCCUCCUGUGUGUUCUAUUUCUAUUCCUCGUCCACCUUCACGACGCGAGAACAAUGGGCCCCGUAAUCAACUUAGUCCAAUAAGCAUUGGCAGAACAGACAGUGUGUCAAGUCUUGAUUUUCGAUCUUCCGGAGUUCUAGGACCAUCUAGAGGACCAUCUCCAUUAACAAUUGGAUUAUGUGAUUCCAUUCCACUAGCUGUUGCUUUUCAUGAAAUAAUCCAUGCAUAUUUCAAAGGAUCAAAUGAAUCAAGGUGUCAAGUAAAAAUGUUUGGAGAUAUGAUGGUAUCUUUUCCUGCGGGUAUUGCAAAUAUUUUAGCAAAUAAUCCGAAUCCAGCAAAAUUAACAUUUCGAUUGAAGAACACUGCUCGGGUGGAAAAUAUUCUACCUAACAAACAAUUAGUUAUAACGGAUAAUUCGUUUACAUACACUGAUUCAACUGUUUAUGAGUUCAAUAUGCUUGCUCUAACUUCAUUAUUACGUAAACAAUUUGAGCAAAAUCCUGUUGCAUCUUACUUUAAUGUUGAUAUUCUCAAAUAUCAAGUAAAAUUGCGCAAUACUGCAGCCGCUUCAUGCCCGUUCCAAUUAGUUUCAUUUUAUAAAUGCAGUAAUACUUAUACAGAUCUUAAAAUUGGUUACAAGUUUAAUAGUCACUCCAUGAGUGUUCCUUCACCUUUAUUGAAUGUUACUGUUUCUGCUAAUUUAAAUUCAGCAAUACGUAAUAUGCAGUCCAAGCCAACUGCCCAAUGGGCUCCGGAUACAAAAACAGUAAGUUGGAGGUUUGCAGAACUCGCUCAAUAUUCUGAAAGUCAAGGUUCUGGUUCACUUAAAGCAAGAUUCGAGGUUGACAGCUUAUGCCCAAUAUCAACUAUAGUAACUCAAUUCAAUUGUGAGGGUACUACAUUAUCCGGGCUAGAAUUUGAGCUAGCAAGUAGUGGUUAUAGAGUUUCAUUAAUCAAAAGACGUUUUGUUGCUGGUAAAUACAUAUGUGAUGGCGAACCAGAUCCAAAAAGCUCUACCCAACAUUCCACUGUGUCAUCAGAUUGUUAAUUGUCAGUUUUUUUUAUUAUUUGUUUCCAUUUGUAUUUUUUUCAUUUUAUUUAAACUGGAGUAUUAUAAUC